UCGGAUGUGAUGAUGGCAAUAAAGCACCCAGCGGACCGUUUUUUCCUCAGACGUUCUUUUGGGUUCAUUGCUGGAAUAGAGAUGACCGCCGAGGGGUAGACGAGCAGAGUUUUCAUGUACUGAUUUUCUGACUUUAAGUAGGCUAUUUAAGAGACUUCCACAACAAAGUCUUCACUUUUUAAACUGCUGAGGCAUCUUUUUCUUCUAUUGUCUACAGGGCCUCUGGCCUCACUGAUCUAAUAGCAAUGGUACUUAUUCUGGGCAGAAGACUGAACCGGGAGGACUCUGGAGUCCGUGAGUCUCCAGCAGUUAAGAGAAAGGUUCUGGAAAUGGACAACAAGUCCGUCGGUAAUCAUGAUGUGUUCGAUUUCACCUCUGGCCCGUGCCACUCUGAGAGCAUUCUACAGAUGUUUAAUGAGUUCCGUGAUGGCCGACUGUUCACGGACGUGGUGAUCAGCGUGGAGGGUCGUGAGUUCCCAUGCCACCGUGCCGUGUUGUCAGCUUGCAGCAGUUAUUUCCGUGCCAUGUUCUGCAAUGACCACCGUGAGAGCCGCGAGAUGUUGGUGGAGAUCAACGGCAUCCGUGUCGAAGCCAUGGACACCUUCCUACAGUACGUCUACACUGGACGUGCCCGCAUCACCACAGACAAUGUGCAAUUCCUCUUUGAGACCUCCUGCCUCUUCCAGAUCAGCACUCUCCGUGAUGCCUGUGCCAAGUUCUUGGAGGACCAACUUGACCCCUGCAACUGCCUGGGCAUCCAGCGUUUUGCCGACGCGCACUCCCUCAAGCAACUGGCCAGCCGCUGCCGUUCUUACGCGCUGCAGACCUUUGCCGACGUGGCCCAGCAUGAAGAAUUCUUGGACUUGCGUAAGGAAGAACUGGAAGAGUACAUCGCUAGUGACGAGCUAGUCAUUGGAAAGGAGGAGACGGUGUUUGAAGCAGUGGUUCGUUGGGUGUACUACGAUGUGGACCACCGCAGAAUCGUGCUCAAAGACCUUCUCAACCAUGUCCGCCUGCCCCUGCUGCAUCCAAAUUAUUUCGUACAGACGGUAGAAGGUGACCAGUUGAUCCAAAAUGCACCGGAGUGCUAUCAGCUUCUGCACGAAGCCAGACGCUAUCAUGUGUUGGGCAACGAAAUGAUGUCGCCUAGAACCCGUCCACGCAGGUCUACAGGAUUCUCUGAGGUCAUUGUGGUAGUCGGAGGAUGUGAGAGAAUAGGAGGUUUCAACCUGCCGUACACUGAGUGCUAUGAUCCUGUAACUGGGGAAUGGAAAUCCUUAGCCAAACUGCCAGAAUUCACCAAGUCAGAGUAUGCUGUGUGUGCCCUCAGGAACGACAUUCUGGUCUCAGGGGGUAGAAUCAACAGCAGGGAUGUCUGGAUGUACAACUCCCAGCUCAACAUCUGGAUCAGGGUUGCCUCCUUAAACAAGGGUCGCUGGAGACACAAAAUGGCUGUCUUGUUAGGAAAGGUGUAUGCCGUUGGUGGAUACGACGGUCAGUCACGACUCAGCAGCGUCGAAUGCUACGACUCUUUCUCAAACCGCUGGACAGAAGUGGCACCCAUGAAGGAGGCUGUCAGCUCGCCAGCCGUCAUCAGCUGUGUCAAUAAACUGUAUGUGAUUGGAGGAGGGCCCGAUGACAACACAUGCUCAGAUAAGGUUCAGUGCUAUGACCCUGAGUCCGACUCCUGGUUGCUAAGGGCCAACAUUCCCAUCGCUAAGCGCUGCAUCACAGCCGUAUCACUGAACAAUCUCAUCUAUGUUGCUGGAGGCCUGACCAAAUCCAUCUACUGCUAUGACCCCACUGAAGAUUACUGGAUGCAUGUGGUCCACACUUUCAGCAAACAGGAAAGUUGCGGUAUGUCGGUAUGUAACGGCAAGAUCUAUAUCCUGGGUGGGCGUGGUGAGAACGGCGAGGCGUCAGACAACAUCCUGUGCUACGACCCGUCCACAGGCAUCAUCACGGGCGUGGCCGCUAUGCCCCGCCCCAUUUCUUACCACGGCUGCGUCACCAUUCACCGCUACAAUGAGAAGUUCUACCAUUCAUGAUACUAAAAAGCUCACUCACUACAGGGACGCAGAUAAACUGAACCUUAUUAUAGAUAACGGAGCAUUACAAUAGGUAAGGUAGAUAAGUACGGUUUGUCCCAACCCCUUAAGUUCACAAGCUUUAAGAGCUGUCCGUUAAACUGACAAAUACACAACCCUAACUGUUUUACAUUCUACCUUCAGGAAUCAGUUUGACAGCAUCACACAGAUUUUGUAUAGAUUUGCAUACUGUUACACAAAUGUUUCUAAAUUGAUUCACAGCUGUGAAUUUUAGCUAGUCUCCGAUCUCCCGUUCUCUGUGAUCUGGGUCUUCCUCUCGGGUUAAACUCCUCAAUUGGUGAUUUAUUUUUUCCACUUUAUUAUUAUUAUUAUUAUUGAAUUUUCUAUUGUAUUUUAAUGUAUGGUGUCAGUGGUUGUUUAAAAUGUGUGAAAGGUGUGAUUAUUUGUGACUGGUCGAGAGAGUGUUCAGUUGUGAUGGAA